AUGCAGACCAUCACAGCUGGAGAUGCGGAGAGUCUCGACGGGAUUAAACCCAAGUUAAAGCCGACCGAAUUGGCGACAUUACCCCACGAAUGGCGUCCAUCUCCCCACAACCGUGACAGGAAAAUGAAGCUUUUUAAUAAAGAUGAUGUUCGAAGAUUGAUCAGAGAACGAUGCAAGGCUUGGAAUGUCGACGUGCCUUCACCUUCUGUCGGCGGUCCAUUCUCUGAACGGUUCAACGACAAGGGGGUAAUCGAAAAGCACGAGUACAUCCCGCCUCCCAACGCGUCCCCGGACGACCCAAACCCAUCCGAAAUAAAUUGGAUUGGCCAACACUUACCGGCUCCAGCUUUAAUGAACGAGAAGGAGGCAUGCUUUAUGUAUCUCCUGGAACCACGCGAUCUUGACCCGUUACGAGGAUCAUCGACGUCCAGUUGGUUCGACCAGAAAUCCGUGGCUAUCAGGGCUGCCACGGUCCACGGGGGCGUCAGAAACCACAACCAGCUCAUUAUCAACAAGCGUCUGGAAGACAUUGAAAAUGGUGAAGCCACACAAGAGAUGCCGGCUGGGUUGAAGAAAUUCCUGAAGUAUUUGAACGACCCCGGCCCCUACGGUGAAUACGACAGCGCCAAUGACCCAGUCAAGAGUGUGGAACAAAAGAAUAAAGAAAUAUGGCAGUAUCUUCCCGUGUACGAGGAUGGAACGUUUGAAAACGGCCAGAACUUCCGUUGGCGAAUGCAUGGGUUUAAGAGACUGAGCAGCAGCGACCUCAUGCUCUCACCGGUUUCCUAG